ACGGUGUGUGUGUGUGUUGGGGGUGGGUGCAUUAGUCCGUGUCAGACAGCAAAGAGUGCCGCAUUUAUCUAGGAAUCUGAGCCAAAGCAGCCUUACUAACAGACUGAGCAGGGCAAAGAGGACUACCAGGAGUUAGAGACCAAGAGGGACGAGAAGGCACGAAACAAGCCCAACAAGGUCAAGGGCGCAAACGUUUAGACAAAAAGGACAUGCUGGCAAAGGGUUUUUAAAGAAGUGCUUUUCAGAACAAAAAGAAAAGGGCCCAAAACAUUUGCAAGAGAGAAUCAAAGAAAAGAAAAAAGAAAAACGCAAGAACGAAGCCUCCCUUUAAAGUUGGAAAUGAAGCACCUUCCAGGGACUCCUUCAAGCUUUUGGAGCGUGCUUCCUCUGCUGUCACUGUGUUUGGGAGGGGUGCCCUCCUCAGAUGCAUCUCCAGCCUGCACAGAGGAACCCUGCAGGGACAGUCUGGUGGCUGCGCCCAUCCCAACGGGGUCAGGAGCAAGGGUGAGGGCUGAGGCGGAGAGUCAAGCUGGGACAGGUGCAUGCAGGAUGGGCUUUUCUCUCCCUGCCAUCUCUGAUGUUCCUCAAAGGAUGGAGCACAGACACACUCCGUUUAACACUGGCGAACUCAAAGAGCGCCUAACUCAGCUGCAGCGCUGCAUGCGCAACCUCCAGGAAUCAAGGGACCGCUGGAGUCAUGGAAGCCAGGACAGGGACUCUCUGGGGGCCAUCCUGGCAUUAAUGGCUGCCGUGCUGACAGAGUGUGACCUACACUGUCACAGCCAAACCCUUGGAGCAAUGGCAAAGCGCCUGGAACUUGCUGCCUCAAGCAGAGAGGGUGAGAAGGAUCUGCUGCUUUUUCUUAAAAGCAUCACACAAAACCCACCCACAGUUGCCCCCGUGGAAAGAUUACAUCCCCGAGACUGUGCAGAUAUUUAUAGGCUUGGGAUCAGUGAGAAUGGAAUCUACACAAUCCAGCCUGAUCUGCACAGCCCAGCUCUGGAGGCUAAAUGUGACAUGGAGGCGGCGGGUGGUGGGUGGACGGUGAUCCAGAAUCGACAGGAUGGCUCAGUGGACUUCAACAGGACAUGGCAGGAAUAUCGGGAUGGCUUUGGCAACAUGCAGGCAGAGCACUGGCUGGGUAAUGCAGCACUGCAUGCCCUCACCUCCACAGGCCAACACCAACUUUGCAUUGAGCUGGAAGACUGGCACCAGCAGAAGCGCCAGGCCACCUACAACAACUUCAAAGUGGCCUCGGAGGCACAGAGGUUUCGUCUGACAGCUCGAGAAUACAGCGGCGAUGCAGGAAACGCGCUGAGCUACAGUAAACGCUACAACCAUGAUGGCAGAUUCUUCAGCACCUCUGAUCAAGACCAUGACCGCUACACCUCUGGAAACUGUGCUCAAUACUACGGUGCAGGGUGGUGGUUUGACGCCUGCCUGGCAGCUAACUUGAAUGGUCGGUAUUACCGUGGACGUUACAGCGGUGUGACCAAUGGCAUCUACUGGGGGACAUGGUACAUCCUGACAGAUGGACGGACUGGAGAACGCUACUCCUUUAAGAGGGUGGAGAUGAAGACGAGACCAAAAAACGUCAUUGGAGCAAGAUAAGGAAAAAGUCCUAUAAUUCACGUAUUAGACAAAAAUGAAACUUAUGGUUUGGGGAAUUUUAAAAUAGUAGAUGAAUUAACGGCAGCUAUGGGAUUAAAAAAUUCAACAUAUUGGACUUCUAUAGUUCUUAUUUUAUUUCCACAGGUGUUAAAAUGAGACAAAUGCUGCAUCUGAUGACCAACAGCACAUGUCCAAUUGCAUUCUCUCAAUUAAAAAAAACAAGUUCUCUGACAGGGUGUAAAAAAGUCAGGUAAAGGUCAGUCUGGUGCUGCCAUUCAAAUGCAAUGAUUAUUGGAUGAUUGUCAACAAAAGCAAAUAUUUCAGUGAAAGCAGAGAUUUAGUCAGAGAUGAGGUUUUGUUCUUCUGGGUUUUGUUAUAAGGACUUUUUUUAACUUUAUUGUUCAAAACAAAUAGAACAAAUAUGUCUGACAAGAACGAUAGUCAUAACAACGAGAAUGCCAGGGGAUGGUACAUGUAUUACAAAGAAAUAUUACAGAAACAGAUUGCUUUGCAUUGAAAAUGUUCAAAGAGAGACAGGUUAUGGGGACUUAUAGAAUCCAUUCAGACUCCAUUACACGACAUUUGUUGAUCUCCUGGCUGUUGCCCGUUUUCAGGCAUUGACACAGCCUGAGAGAUUUGGAACGACGGUUUGUGCUGGAUGUCCUUCCAAUUCUGUGACUGUACUGAACCAGCCACUUACUAUACUGUGCUGCAACCUGCAGUUUCCUAACAGUCAAUAUUUUACUACUGUGAAACGUUGUCACUGGUUAGAUAUUGUACAAGCAGUUAUGUUGCUACAGCUUUUGACGAAGUAGACAUGCAACGCUUACAGAAACUGCUAAAAUAAAAAAGAACAACGUAAAAAAGUUCCUUUGGGCCUGAGUUAAAAAGUUCAAUGUUAGAUUUUGUGACAACACAAUAAACAAUGUUUGUACACAACUUUACAUUCUUUUGCACCUAGAAACAUGCAUACUCUCCCUGAAGAGAGUGUGACUGCAGAGUUUUGAACCGCUGCAUUCAUGCAUGAACACACUUCUGUCUAAAUAAAGUAAUUUGAAGAUGCUUAACGAUGGAAAAAAACAACAACAACUAGUCAAUACCAAAAACUCGUUGAUGUAGUGUGAAGAUUAUGUCCUUAUUGGAGUGAUCUGGACUUAAUUAGACAGUAACAAUAGUCCCACUCCAAGCCUCAUUUGAUCUCUUGUAAAAGUAUUCCCAGUUCUAUCGUGAUUAUAUCGUUUUUAGCCAAAAUGAAAAAAAGAAUUGUGUUGUUUUCUAAGACAUAGCUCUCUCCUGCUACAGUUUACAUCCAGAUGCCAACUCAGAUGAGGAAAACUAAGACAUACAGGACAGACCAAAAGUUUG